AUGUCUCACGAGAAGAGUUUCCUGGUGACAGGCGACACCUUUCCAGGAGGGGGCCCUCAGCCCACGGCCCCCCCGGGCUACAUGCAGCCCCCCUACCCUCCCCCCACUGCUGCUCCCUACCCCCCCCAGCCCCAAUUUGCCCCCUACCCCCAACCAGGCUUCCCACAGGGGCCAGGGCCAUACCCACCCCCACCAGGGCCCUAUGGCCCCCCUGGGCCAUACCCCCCUGGCCCCUACCCUCCCCCAGGCCCCUACCCCCAGGGCCCCUACGCGCAGCCCCCCUACGCCCAGCCCCAGCCCAUGGUACCGGGGGACCAGGACUCCCCCCUGCACAGCACCUACCACGAGGAUGGGCCCCCCUCCUACUAUGACAACCAGGACUUCCCCACAGCGCACUGGGACGACAAGAGCAUCCGCCAGGCCUUCAUCCGCAAGGUGUUCCUGGUGCUGACCCUGCAGCUGAGCGUCACCUUCGCCUUCGUGGCCGUCUUCACCUUCGUGGGGGGUGUGAAGGGCUUCGUGCGCCGCAAUGUCUGGACCUACUACGUGUCCUACGGCGUCUUCUUCAUCUCCCUCAUCGUCCUCAGCUGCUGCGGCGACUUCCGACGCAAGCACCCCUGGAACAUGGUGGCCCUGUCCAUCCUGACCCUCAGCCUGUCCUACAUGGUGGGGAUGAUCGCCAGCUUCUAUGACACCGAUGCUGUCAUCAUGGCCGUGGGCAUCACCGUCGGCGUCUGCUUCACCGUCGUCAUCUUCUCGCUCCAGACCAAGUACGACUUCACCUCGUGCCGGGGAGUGCUGCUGGUGUGUCUGGUGGUGCUGGUGCUGUUCUCCCUGCUCUGCAUCUUCAUCCGCAGCCGCAUCCUCGACAUCAUCUACGCCUCGCUGGGGGCCCUGCUCUUCACCUGCUUCCUGGCGGUGGACACGCAGCUGGUGCUGGGGAACAAGCAGCUGGCACUGAGCCCUGAGGAGCACGUCUUCGCUGCGCUCAACCUCUACACCGACAUCAUCAACAUCUUCCUCUACCUCCUGGCCAUCAUUGGCCGUGCCAAGGAGUAGCUGCCCCACCCCAGGACCCCGCCUUGGACCCUGCUUUCUGC